AUGGGACCCAGAGCAAGACGCGUCAGUUUCGUCACUCCCGCCCCCAUCCAUGUCCCGCCAGCCAUAACCAGCCAAGUCCCGCCUCCGUGGCAAAAUUCCCGCUCGCCACAGUACGCCCAGUCAUUCGCGCAACCGCAACUCUCACCUCUCCCCUCCCCGGUCUACUGGCAGCCCUACAUCCUCGUCCCCUCGCCUGCGUCUAUGCACAUGUCCGCGCCAUCUGCACCACCCACUCAUCCCGCCCGGCCCGCGCCCGCGCAUGUCCACCCCGCUCUCCGCGCGCCCCUCCCACAUGUUCCAGUUUGGGACAUGCGCCUUGCGCCACCGCCGACCGCUCCCGCAAUGCGCGGCGAGCACGCGACGAAUCCCGCGCGCGCACAGCUCCUCGUGACGUGCACGCUGCUCCCCUGGGCGCUCUCCCUCUCUCCCAGCACGCACCUCUUCGUGUCCGCGCAGGACGUCUUCGACGCGCUGUACACCGCGCUGCGCACGCCCGUGCGCCAGGAAGAGGUUGAUGCGGUCCCGCACAGCCAAUAUUCGCGAGUGAACGCCGCGGGCGAGGCGUACAAGGUGCGCUACCGCGCGUGCGUGGACCCGGCGCGCCGUGCGCGCGAGAAGGCCGCGGGCAUGCGGCGCGUCGACUUUCUCGGUCAGACCUAUCGCUUCGGGGGACUCGUGUUGGUGGAGGAUGUGAAUCCGACCAAGAAUGCCCCGCCCAUCUCGUCAUACAAUCCUCCUAGCCUCUCUCCCAUCUCCCUUAUUCCUCCAUGCCCCUCUGCUCCUGCGGAUUUGCAAGACGCACAAGUAUUGAAUACCAUCGACGAUCUGGCACGAGGCAUCGUCCAGACCACCCACGCAAAGACGGAGCUGACGCUGCUGGUCGUGGGUGACACCGGGACGGGAAAAACAGCUUUUCUAUCGCUCAUCGCGAAUGUGCUCAAGGGAAAGACCCCCAGCGAGUACACCAAGCUCCACGAGCUGGCGCACGAAGUGAGCGGCUCUAGAAGGCACGGCAAGACCGAUGCUUUUGUGCCAUACGAGUUCGUCAGCACUAAUGGCGUUACCAUGCGCAUACUGGAUACCCCGGGGAUCGCGGACACCCGGAGCGUCACGCGAGCGAUUCACGACCAUGUGGACACCGUGGAUGCAGUCCUCGUCCUCGCGAAUGGGACCGUCCCGCGCCUUGGCGUCGCCACGGACCACGCUCUGUCCGCUCUCUCGGCGCUGCCCGCCGCGCCCACGCAGAAGGUCGGAUUUCUGUUCACGAACGUGUCCAGUCCGCUCUGUUGGAGCUUCGAUGAGGAGUCCCUCCCCGAUGUUCUUGGCGCGAGUCCAUUGUUCCGCCUUAACAACCCUGUUGCAAUGCGCGCCAAGUACCUGCGCGAGAAGAAGAGGAUCGAGGCGGAGGGGGCGCCCAGCAGCGCGCAGAACGCGCUGCUCAGUACGCUGAGAGCGGCAGUCGAGGACGCACACCGGAGCGCGCUCGGCGAGCUCGUGAAGGUCCUCGACUGGGUGGACUCGCUCGCGCCCCCGCCCGCGCGGGACGAUGCGUCGCUCUUUGCGGCCGCGCAGGAGAUCGACAAGACGCUCUCUGACGUCCUUGCGGCCAUCGGACAGAUGGUGGCCAAGAAGGCGGCGCUGACGAAGAUCAAGAAGGAGACGCACGGCACCACAUUGACGACGGAGCUGUACAGGCAGUACCAAAGUACGAUUACGCAAAAGGUAUAUAGGCAGGUUGGUACGCCGUACCACAACACAUUGUGCACCACCCCAGAGUGUUAUCACAACUGCCACGAGCGCUGCGGCCUUCCGUUCUCAUUGGAAGCCGAGGGCAUCCGCGAAUGCUCCGCGUUCUCGUGUGGCCAAUGGGAACUCACAGAAGACAAGCAUGUUGUUGUUGGUCACGCACUGGACGGGCACGGUACCGGGACGGAGAGGAAUAAGCAGGAGAUGGGAAAGGCACGGCUAGAGAAGACCAUCGCGAACCUCGAUACGGCACUGGCGGACGCCGCGGUGCAGGUCGGGCAGCAAGUAGGGGAGUACGCCAAACUCCCGCUUUCUGUGGGCUUCGCCGGUCACCUCAGGAAGUCGGUGGCGCUGCUCAGGCUGAAUGUAGAGACCAUGCGUGGCAACGGCACCGACGCCAGUAUCAUCGCGUCGGUCGAGAAGGCACUGAAGCGUAUGGAAGAGAAGUUCGUUCUAGUUGAGGCCGGGAAGGGGCGGAGAGGCGCGAAGGCGGUGGAGCAAGAGGAAGCUCCCCGUCAGUUGAUAAUCCUGGAGUCCCUCGCCCCGCCGCCGAUAUGGUACUUUUAUUCCCAGUCGAUGUGA